UCAUGUUGUGCUGGCCCUUAACUCCCAACAACAGCAACAUGGCGUCUGCACUCUCAAGGAACCUGGGGAAGUUUGUACCCCGAAAUACUUGCUUGUUUCUAUGUGAUAUGCAAGAAAAAUUCAGAAGUUCUGUUCAGUUUUUCCCACAGAUAGUUGAGAUAUCCAAUAGACUGUUGAAGGCUUUUAAAUUAUUGGACUUGCCUGUGGUAUGUACGGAGCAGUACCCGAAAGGUCUUGGAAGCACUGUAGCAGAAUUAGAAGUGAGAGAACACAGUGUACCAAUUUUUGACAAGACAAAAUUCUCCAUGUGUCUACCUCCAAUCCAGGAAAUCAUCAAGGAUAAAGAGAUAAAAUCUGUGAUACUUUGUGGCAUUGAAGCUCAUGUGUGUGUUCAGCAAACAGCACUAGACCUUCUAGAGAGUGGUCUGGACGUGCACUUGGUAGUUGACGCCUGCUCUUCACGCUCCAUGGUGGACAGGAUGUAUGCUUUUGAGAGAGUUCGAGACAGUGGUGCUUUUCUAACUACAAGUGAAUCUGUCAUCCUUGGUUUAGCAGGUGGCUCUUCACACCCAAUGUUCUAGCAGCUUCAGAAGAUUUCGGGGAAUCGGCCUGUACUGGGCUCUUGGCUGCUCGCCAACAAAAUCUUGUAACUGCUAUAACCGAAAGUAUCUCUGGUGCAAAACUUUAAUUUUCAUAAUGUUUUUAAUAUGAACUUGUUGUAUAUGGCUUCAUAUGUACCAUUAUAAGAUCUUAACCCUUAAACUGUCCAAACGUAGAUCUACAUUUUUUCAACAUUUGAAAAUUGUAAAAAAAAAAGAUCUUGUUUUUGUUUUUUU